ACGAGUGACUACUGCAGCUGUGGGUGCUACAAAUACAGCACAUGGUGGCGUUUGGUAGCUGCUUGUAACGACGGACACCAGCGGGCCCCAGACUCCGUGCUUGUUUGAAUUCUCAGUUUAGAAGUUAAAGUUGGAUACCUUUUCUUUCGGCCACUUUUUCUUGUAAAGCGCCUAACUAAGUUAGCGUUACUUUUGAAGUUUGUCUUCGUGCAAGGCUGUGAGCGAGGGUUAUACAGAGGACUUCUAAAAACCACUUCUUCCAUUCCGCCCGCAGCAGCUAAGCAUAAGCUAGCAUGUCGACCGGCACAAAUGAAGUUAAAAGCUGCCCCAUCCCCACCAGGGUGCUCACCCUGAAGGACUGGUCCCAGCUACCCGACUGUUACAGCCAGACACCCGGGGGGACCCUCUUCUCCACCACACCCGGAGGCACACGUAUCAUCUAUGACAGGAAGUUUCUUUUGGAUUGUCGAAACUCACCUCUUGCCCGAACCCCCCCAUGCUGUCUGCCCCAGAUCCCUGUAACAGUACCUGCUACACACCCCAUGGGGAAACUGCAGGAUCUCAAAGAGGAGGCGGAGGAGGAAGAGAAAGACAUUGCAGAUGACAACCAGUUUGAGAUGGACAUCUGAGCUCCAGUAUUACCUCCUGUGGAGAGUUAGUUAAAUUACCCCAAUGCAUUAUAUAUAAAGCUUUUUUCACCUUUUUUUUUUUUCUUUUAAAAAAAAUAAAAGCUUUAGUGGGGAACUAAAAAGGAAAACACAGAAAACUGUAGGGCGCUUUUGACCCUAAAAAAGUGUUAAGUAUAAAAAUGGUAUUAAAUGGGUUGAUUGGUUGCUCACUCACUUCAGAGCUGCAGCAGGAUUGAAAAAAUCCAUUUUGAUUUAACCUUUUUUUUUAUCUUUUGUAAAUAAGAAAAUUGUACUAUGUAGCCUAUUUUUUAAGUUGGGGAAUAUAAAAUGAUUACAAUUUUUCACUGCAGGCAUCAGUUUUGUUUUGUUGUAUUCCCCUCCUCCUCCUCCUACCCCUCCUCCCUCACCCCACCCCACCCCACCCCAAAAGAAGGAUGGCUAACUUUCCUUGUCAUAGGCAAACAAGUGUCCUAAUGUUGGGGUCAGGGCCUACUGAAAAUCAGCUACUCUGUUUUAAAUGGACGGAGAGAUGAAAUGUGAAUAAUUUCAAAUAAAGGCUGCUUGAAACGCCA